AUGGCGAACCAAGGGCUUUAUGCGAACCUUGUCAACGGACAACAACUGACAGAAGAGAAGACAGACGAAGAUGACGAUGCUCUCAUUGAAAAUGCGAGUACUUCUUCGUGGUUUGUGGACGAGAAAUCCACUGCCAAAGAAUUGCCAGAGAUUGUUGUAGAGAAGACUGAUUCAAAACAGCUCGACAAACGACUAUCCUUCUGGGACCUUCUUCGUUUGAUGGAUAAGCUAAACCGGCCAGAGCGUAUGCUAAUUCUUUUGGGCCUUGUCGGCUGUGUAUUCGCGGGACUAGGAACUCCAGUGCAGGCCAUUUUCUUUGCAAAGCUAAUCGAGGCCGUAUCCGUUCCAGCGUCUCAAUACAAUAAGCUUCGCUCCGAAACCAGCUUCUGGGCUCUGAUGUAUCUUAUGCUUGGUAUCGUUGCUAUCAUAUCGUGGUUUGGCCAAGGUGCUUGCUUUGCCUUCUCGUCAGAACGACUCAUCCGCAGAGCGAAGGACACAACUUUCCGCUCCAUUCUACGCCAGGAGGUCUCCUUCUUUGACGAGAGGUCGACAGGAGACCUAACAACAAUACUGUCGCAGGACACCACUCAUCUAGGUGGGCUGGAUGGAGCUGUGCUAGGCUCCAUGAUAACUUUCACAGUGACCAUCAUCGGUGGACUUGCGCUCUCUGUUGCAAUUGGCUGGAAGCUGGGUCUCGUGUGUGCCGCCUUGAUACCCAUUACGGUUGGAAGUGGGUAUGUCCGAUUGAUAAUUCUUAGUUUGUUUGACCGGAAAGUACGACAGACUCAAGCCGAGUCUGCAGCUUAUGCCAAUGAAGCUGUGAGAGCAAUUCGUACUGUGGCAAGUCUGGGACUUGAGAAUGAGGUGCUGCAGCGUUACCGUGCUAUCCUGGACCGUGAUGCGGCGGCAUCGCUCCGCUCAAUCUUGCAAGCUUCGGUGCUGUUCGCCCUAUCUCAGUCUCUGCUUAUGCCAACGGGAGCUUUGGUUUUCUGGUAUAGCAGUACGCUCCUGGCAACUGGAGAGUAUACGUUAACACAGUGCUUCAUCUGCUUUUCUGCACUCGUCACUGGCGCCCAGACAGCUGGUGCCGUAUUCAACUUUGCCCCUGAUAUGAGCAAAGCUAUGCAGGCAGGGCGACACCUUCGUAACUUGUUUGAGCGUGUACCCCCUAUCGACAGCUAUAGUACCGAGGGCCGGUUAUUGCCAGCAGAAGCGUGCCGUGGUGCCAUCGAAAUUCAGGACGUGAGUUACCGUUACCCGCAGCGUCCAGAGCGAGUUGUACUGGAAAAUUUCUCUCUCUCCAUCAAACCAGGCCAAUUCGUUGCACUAGUGGGUCCAAGUGGGUGCGGCAAAUCAACCGUUCUGUCCCUCCUGGAGCGCUUCUUCGACCCGGAAACUGGACAGAUCCAGGUCGAUGGAUCUAGCGUCACGGGGUUAAAUAUCUCUCAGUACAGAAGCUGUAUUGCGAUGGUUGGACAAGAGCCAGUUGUAUACUCUGGCACUAUCCGCGAAAACUUGGUGUUAGGAGCUGCGGAGGGAGUGACGGACGGAGCUAUCGUCCAGGCUUGUAGGGAUGCAAACAUAUACGAGUUCAUCUCAUCGCUUCCGGAUGGGUUUGCAACUGUGGUCGGUGCCCAGGGCAGUAUGUUAAGCGGAGGCCAAAAACAGCGAGUGGCUAUUGCGCGAGCACUCCUCCGCAACCCUAAGAUACUGCUGUUAGAUGAGGCGACGUCAGCGCUGGAUUGGCAGUCAGAACGGAUAGUGCAGGAGGCCCUAGAUAGAGCAGCCAAGGGUCGUACCACCAUCUCGGUUGCCCACAGGCUGAGUACUAUCAAGCGAGCCGACCUAAUCUGCGUCAUGGACCAGGGUAAGCUAGUCGAAAAGGGCACCCAUGAGCAGCUGAUGGCAAAGAGGGAGAUGUAUUACGAUCUCGUCCAGGCCCAGAAUCUCGAUACAGUUUCUUGA